AUCAGUCUCUCCUCCAGUCAGAGGAGAGUGGGCUGAAAGCUGAGGAAACACGCUCACCUACGGCACCAAACGACGAACUUAGCACACGUUAUUUUGGACUCGACUUUUCCGUGUUGUUUUGGAGUGUAAGUUACCGUCGUCAGCAAUGAAGUCGUCGAACAGUCGCCCCUUGAGAGUAGGGAGAAACCCCUUCGUGCACGAGCUCAAAUUCACCAUGACAGAGAAAAUAAAGAUUGGACUGAUGUCAGUCACAGUGUUUCCAGUGCGUCUGCUGCUGGUGUCCUUCCUCAUGCUGCUGGCGUGGCCCUUCGCGUUCACAGCCUCCCUGGGACGCUCUGAGUUUGUCAUUGAGCCACAGUUGUGGUGGAGGAGGUUUCUAGACGUGUGUCUACGAGUGAUCAUGCGAGCCAUGUGGUUUUGCGGAGGUUUCCAUUGGAUCAAGGUGAAAGGGGAGCGGGCGGCUCCCUUAGAAGUUCCCAUCCUCACUGUUGCUCCACACUCCUCCUACUUCGACGCCAUCCCAGUCACCAUGACCAUGUGCUCCAUAGUCACCAAACUGGAGAGCAGGAGCAUCCCCGUCUGGGGCACUCUGAUCAGCUACAUCAGGCCUGUGUUUGUCUUUCGCUCGGAUCAGGACUCCAGGAGAAAAACUGUGGAGGAGAUCAAGCGGAGAGCCCGGUCUGGAGGGGAGUGGCCUCAGAUCAUGAUAUUCCCAGAGGGGACGUGCACCAACAGGUCGGGGCUGAUCGUAUUUAAAGCUGGUGCUUUCAUACCAGGACUGCCAGUGCAGCCUGUGGUGCUGCGCUACCCAAACAAACUGGAUACUGUUACAUGGACAUGGCGAGGUCCCGGGGCGUUCAAAAUCCUUUGGCUCACUCUGUGCCAACCUCAUAAUCCCAUGGAGAUAGAGUACUUGCCUAUUUACACACCAUCAGACGAGGAGAGGGAAAACCCUGCUCUGUUUGCUAACAACGUUAGAAAGCUCAUGGCAAAGGCGCUGGAGCUGCCACUCACAGACCUGUCCUUUGAAGACAGAGAGAUCAGCCUAUCACAAGGCCCGCUGCGCAUCCACAACUGCAGCAGCCUGCUUGAGUUCCACCAGCUGCUGUGCCGCUUGGGGCUGAGAGCAGGAAGGAUAGACGCAGUGCUGGAGGAGCAGGCCAGGAGAGCCAGGAAGCUGCAGGGAGAGCGGCUGGGUCUGGAAGACUUCGCCCAGUUCCUCAACCUGCCAGUCACAGACACACUCACAGAAGUCCACAGUCUCUUUGACCAGCACGGAGACAGACAGAUAGACAUCAGACACUAUGUUAUUGCUCUGUCAACCGUCCACAGGCCAUCAAAGUCAAUGGAGACCCUCAAAAUGGCCUUCAAGAUGUAUGAGAACGAGGAGAGCAGAGAGGUCCUGGAGGACGACCUCGCCGCCAUCUUGGAAAUAAUGCUGGGGGUGAAGAAGAUGGACCUUUCAGGACUGUUUUUAUCACUUGACGGACCUGACACAGGGAAGAUCACAUAUGACAAACUUCAGCGUUUCAUAGAGCAGCACCCAUACAUAGUCCAGGAUUACCUCGAUUUUGAAAACCAUCCGCGCAGCCUCUGCUGUCGCCCGCCUACAAGCUGGAACGGCCAGAACCACGACAAAGAUGACUGAAGACUGGACUGAAAUUCAAACCGCUUUAUCAACCUCUCAUUGACGUAACAGCAUGUCCAGAUGCUGCAGCUGUCCUUCCACCUCUGUGCCUUUCAGUGCAGGUAAAGAGAGCGAGGAGCAGCUGGAGAGGAGCAGGUUUUAAGAACAGUAAGCACACAUGAUGGAAUCACUUAUCUCACUUCUCCUCUGAACUUUUUUUUUUUUUUGCCUUCUUUAGUUUUUUUUUGUCUCUAUUGUGAUAUAAGAUUAUUUCUUUCUGUGCUCUGCAGAUAUAUUUAUUUAUUUUCUUAUGUAUUCAUACAGAUAUUUAAGAAAACAGUUGAUAAAAAGGAGGGGUGUUUUUCAGCCCUUUUGUUGACCUCAGGCAAAUAGACACUAGCACUCUGCCCUAACCUGCUGCUCUUCUUUUACAAAGUUAAUUUCAGGUUAAAGGAUCAGGAUGUACAUCAUGCUGCCAUGCUGUGUUAACAGUGGGAUGUUAUCACACCAAAUUAUGUAACAAAUACCGAAAUGAUCUGCCACUAAAUCCUGAGAAAACAUUCCUUUCCUAAAGCAGCUGCGUCACUGCCAGAGAGAUACAAACUCUUGCCAAAGAGGGGAGAUGACAGUUGAAAAAGAACCAAAAAAUGACUUAAUUUUGAUCUGAAUUAAAUCGUGAAACUUCAUUGUUUUUAUUUUAUUUGGUAAGGCGAUAUGAUGCCUAAUUUUUAAAAAAUGUCCAUACUGUCUAAGGAAGUCAUUUUAUAAUUGAUCCAGUUUUUCUAAGAAAAACAUUUGAGAGGAAUAUAAUUUAUUAUUCUUGGAGCAGCAAAUCCUUCCCUAAACCCUUUGUAACCUGGAGCAACUUCACUCUCCUUGUGCUGCUUUUCGACUCCUUCCACAAGAAUUUAAAUCUCUGAAACCAGAAGCGACGUCACAUUUCUUAUGCUGCUUUAAGACUUUUAAAAGUGUUUUGACCUUUGAAACAGGAGCAUAUGAGUGUGAUUUCUUUCAACAACAUUGGAAAAAAGGCAAUAAACAACUUGGUAAUAAAUGUUCCACAAACUUCAUGACAUCAGUCAAUUAUUUAUUUAUUUUUUUUAACUAUGGAAAACCCAUAGUUAUGAUUACCAGAAUUACAUAUUUAAAAUUACAUUAUAAAAUUAUUGUUAUUUUUAAGCACUUUUUCCAGGUUUCAUUGUUUUUUUUAAUAUAGCAAUUUUGAAACUAAUUUUCAGGUCAUUUUCUUGUACUCUAUUUUCUUUGAGUAGUUUCCUCUGGUUGCUCGUUGCCUUCUUCCUGUGUUUAUGAGAGUAAUCAGCCAAUUUGCUCAGGUCUCGAAGGGUUAAAACUAUGAUCCCCCAACAUGUUGAGGGGAUUUCUUUCAAGAACAAAGGAAAAAGGUGAAUGUGUAACUUGGUAACAAAUGUUUCAUAAAUGCAAUAAAUCAGUAGAUUUUGAAAAUUUAUUUUAGAAAUAGCAGUGAGGGUAAAAUGUC